UUGAUCUGGUCAUUUUAUUGAUGUCAGCAUGCAUAUGUUCAGCAUCAGAGGUGAUAACAAUCAACUGUUCUAACAAUGGAUGUGGUGAUUACAAUAUGGAUAAAUCAGUGAUGUGUUGUAAAUAUGAAGAUCUACAGUCGGAUGAAUUUGUUUACGACAACGUAGUGUCGCACUCGUACUCGAGAAGUUAUGGUACAGUAGCCACAUACAGUCUUAAUGUGCAAAAAUUUGUUGUGAUCAACAGCAACAUAACGAAAAUACCGAAAAAUUUAUUCCAAAACAUCGAAGAGUUGAGAUAUUUGGAUGUAGUGAACAGUGGCGUGCAAAAUAUUUUCGUUACCGAUUUCUACGGAGCCAAUGAGUUAACUCAUCUGAAUUUGACAAAAAAUGCAAUUGAAACGCUUGAGCCGAAAUUAUUUGUCCAUGCUCAGAGUUUGGUAGUCCUUGAUCUGUCCUUCAAUGAUAUAACCAAUUUAUCGGAGUAUGCCUUCGAUCACUUGGAUAAAUUGAAAACAUUGAUUCUGUCCAACAAUAAGCUGACAGCAUUUGAAAUAAACCAGAGAUUUACCGACUUAGAAGUGUUUUCAAUUGAAGAAAACUUUUUAACUGUUAUGGGACAGACGAUAUUUCAAAAUUCAUCGAAAUUACGUGACGUCAAUCUGAGUAAUAACAAUUUACGCAUAAACCAUCUUGUUUUGCCGAGUAAUGCAACUCUUGAAACGUUUGAUAUUUCAAACAAUUUCGCGUCGAUAAGCAUCAGCUCGAAGAAAAUCUCCAUUAAGAAUACCACUACGUCUGCAUAUUUCGUUCACAGAUCGGUCGAAGUACUUGAUGCUUCGUAUAAUCAAAUUUCCAACAUUCAAUUCGAAAGUAACGUCUACCUGACAAUACUCAAUUUAACGAACAAUAAUCUGACCAGUGUAGAAAGUGUAACACAUUUACACAACCUACAACAACUGGAUUUAUCCUUUAAUGCAAUCAUAGACUUUGGAAUUUCUUCAUUUUCCGAAAUGAAUGAUCUGCGCGUGCUAAAUUUACAAAAGAGCGGAUUAACGUCCCUGGCCUUUGGUACGUUCUCGCAGCAAACACAGCUCACCUUUCUUGACAUUUCCGAUAACAAUUUAAAGAAAAUCGAUUUUGAUAUGCUAAUGUUCAUGUCGUCCUUAUCAGUAUUGCACAUCGCAGGCAAUCAGUUCACGAAUAUUGAUGUUUCGGAUAUAAAAAGUAUCUUACCGAAUCUGACAACCAUUAGCAUCUCAAGAAAUCUAUUCGAUUGCCGUGAUUUGAUAUCGAUUAUGAAAAGUUUAAGUUCGUUACGAAUUAAUUUGCACAUCGACGAUGAGAGUGUGGUUAAAAAUAGCAGCAACGUCCGAGGCAUCAAAUGUUUCGGUGAUUCAAGUGAUGCAUUAAACGGGAUAAGAAUUAAAAGCGUUCAAUUAUCAAGUGAAAAAAUACGCGACUCGAACGAGAAAGAAAUACAUGAAUUAAAGAGAAGUUUCGAUUCGCUGAAAAACCAAUUCGAAAAACUUUCCAUCGAACAAAAGCGAAAUCUAUCCGCUUUAAAUGAAAAAUUCAUUUCUUCUUCCAACCAAAAUCUUUUAAUUCAUGGCAAUGAGUCGGAUUCGUUUCAAUUUGCAUUUGCAUUUCUGCUUAUAAUUGUAAUUUUAUUUGCUAUCGGAUUAUCAAUAUUUCUGUACUGUAAGCUUCGUACUAAGAGGCGAUGGUAUACGGCAUCAAAACAGAAUUGCACGAGUGCUGAUCAAACUUUGGUAUAAAUGAAAAUGUUGUUCAAUAUUGUAAAUAAAUGAAAAUAAAUAAAUUUG